AUGACUUUUAAUGAGAAUGUCGUGACGUAUGAAUCUGAUAGUCCAUCAACAUCUACAAAUUCAACAAAGUCAUCUACAAACUACUCAAAUCUCAUUCCAAUUGAUUGCUUACCUUUUCAACGAAUCGCAAACGUCAUUGAACCAACAUGCUUAGACGAGAAUAAUGAACCUUAUUUAUUUAACGCUUGGAUUGUUAACCUCACUUCUCCAGUUCAAACCCGUGACCUUAUUAGAUUUUCAACUCAUCACAGGCUUGAGGAUAAAAAGUGUGAACGAACGAAGCAUCUCCGUAGAAUUAGAAAGGCUUUUCCUUACGAGAAUGUCGACUGUGGCCCACACACAGCCACUUCAAACCUCCCUGGCCUUGAUUACUGCAUCAGUGUACUUCUCGCUGAAGCCACUCCUGACUUGACCAAGGAUAAAGUUAAGCAGCUCCUCUCACGAACCAGCGCACAAGUCACAGAUCUAGACCCAUACAUACUUAAAGUUCCUUCGAGGAGGGCGACUACUGGUGAGGAGUACAAUGCGUGUCAGAAAUACUGGCCUGUUUCUUUUACCCCAAAAGCUCAAUUCGUUAAUGGUUUCACCUACGAUUAUUGGGAUGUUCGCAAAUUAGACUGGGUAAUGAACGGUUUAGAUAAAGCGAAAUCAUUGGCCUAUGAAGCAAAGUCUCGUGGUGAACUUCCAAUUGCCGCUCACGUCUCUUCUCCACCUAUAGAGAUACCUGUGCCGCCAGGAUAUCCACCCCCGACGCCUAACAUGACCGCUUUGGGUUACGAUACAAGAUGUAGCAGUGGGAAUCCCUUGAACCAUGCUAUCUUUAAUUGUGUGCGCAAAGUUGGUGAACUGCGCUACAAGGCGGAUGCCGAAACGACGACAAUCAACGGAAAUGACAAUGAGAAGCGCAGCAGUUCUACGCAACCAAAUACCACUGCCAACAAUACACCCACCUUGUCAGGGUUAAACGCUUGUCAAAAUGGCGCUGAAUAUCUAUGUACCUCCCUCACACUCUUCUCCACUCAUGAACCGUGCAUGAUGUGCGCCAUGGCUUUGGUACAUUCAAGAGUUAGGGAUAUUUACUUUCUCAAAAAGUCUACGUCGUCAGGUGGCUGCGGAUCUGUGUACGGUGUACACGAAAUGCAAAACCUCAAUCAUCACUUUGAAGCCUGGUGUUUGAAUAGUGAGCAUCCUUUAAGUAACGGACUGGAUUUAGAUGACCAUAUUAGCCCGUGA